CCGUCCCCUCGAGUAUCGAGUAAUCACUCGUACAGGGAGGUGCUAAACACCGGUAGAUGGUGUCGGAUGAAAAGAAGGACGAGCCGGGUGAAAGGAAACGAAUCUUAAGAGAAGUUAUUCCGGCUUAUUAGUUUUUUUCUUUUCCUACUCAAGGUGUUUCAGGUGUCUUUGGGUGCAGUUGUCCUGCCAUCCCAGCUGCUUCUCUUGUUAGUGUGUGCGUGUGCGUGUGCGUGUGUGUGUGUGUGUGUGCGUGUGCGUGCGUGCGUGCAUGCAUGGUGUGUGCGUGCAUGUGCAUGAGUGAGUGUGUGUGAAGCACUGAGAGACUGUGCUAGAAGUAACAGGCUUGGGUCAGACCUUGUUUCUGAAAUUUAUCAUGGGUGACAUCAGUGAUUUGGACCGACAGAUCGACCAGCUAAGGAGGUGUGAGCUCAUCAAGGAGAAUGAGGUCAAAGCACUGUGUGCCAAAGCCAGAGAGAUUCUUGUGGAGGAGAGUAACGUACAGAGAGUGGAUUCACCAGUUACAGUGUGCGGUGAUAUCCAUGGACAGUUUUAUGACCUGAAGGAGUUGUUCAGAGUGGGUGGUGAUGUGCCUGAAACAAACUACCUCUUCAUGGGAGACUUUGUGGAUAGAGGCUUUUACAGUGUGGAGACCUUCCUGUUGCUUCUUGCUCUUAAGGUGCGUUACCCAGACAGAAUCACACUGAUUCGGGGGAACCACGAGUCCAGGCAGAUUACACAAGUGUAUGGCUUUUACGAUGAGUGUUUGAGGAAAUACGGCUCGGUCACCGUGUGGAGGUACUGCACAGAGAUCUUCGACUACCUAUCCCUUUCAGCCAUCAUCGACGGCAAGAUUUUCUGUGUGCACGGUGGCCUCUCACCCUCCAUCCAGACGCUUGACCAGAUCAGGACUAUUGACAGGAAGCAGGAGGUGCCACAUGAUGGGCCCAUGUGUGACCUCUUAUGGUCUGACCCUGAAGAUACUACAGGUUGGGGUGUUAGCCCGAGGGGAGCUGGCUACCUGUUUGGCAGUGAUGUUGUGGCCCAGUUCAACGCUGCCAAUGACAUCGAUAUGAUCUGCAGAGCCCACCAACUUGUCAUGGAGGGCUACAAAUGGCACUUCAAUGAAACUGUGCUCACUGUGUGGUCUGCUCCCAACUAUUGCUAUAGGUGUGGUAAUGUGGCCGCCAUCUUGGAACUGGAUGAGCACCUCCAGAAAGAGUUCAUCAUAUUUGAAGCUGCUCCACAGGAAACACGAGGCAUUCCCUCUAAAAAGCCAGUGGCCGACUACUUCCUGUGAGCCUGCUGUGACCUUAGGAAACAAAUCAACGUUCUGCAGGAAGUGGAGUCCUGUAUCUACUUGUAUUUCUAUAUGUCCCCCUUUACCUGCCCUGCUGUCUUAACUGACUGUGUGCGCAACCCCCCCCCCCCAACUCUGUAUCAUUUAAGUUUUUGGGUUUUUUUCUACUCUUUGUUUUUGGUCCCUUUAUAAGUAUUCACCUGCUACACAUUAUCUCUGCCAGUCACCUGGACAUCUUGCUCUUAAAACACACACGGACUUGGCAUUUUCGUCCCUUGAACUGCUGUGAAGUCACCCGCUGUCAUGGUUAUGCUGUAGCUGUUAGCGUUUCUAACUAAUGUGAAUGACACUAUGGGCAGUUGACAGUGCUAUGGAAAGGGAGAUGUAUUCUGAGCAUGCGCUGAAAGCUAGUGUACAGUGUUUCACAAGCUCAUCAGAAGCUGCAUCUAUGUUAAACAACAGGCUUAAAGAAAGGCUAUUGCAUUACUUUUUUUAUGAUCUUUUCAUACUCUAUUCCCUUUAUGUUUUAAAUAUGUAGGAGAAUGAGACAUUUCCACUCUGUUAUAGUUUAUACAUUCUUUUAUUUUACCCUCAAGUCAUAGUCUUACAGAUUUUGACUUUUGUGAAGGAAUUACUGCAGAGCUUGCACAGCAGACCUUGCAGUGGUUAACAGCUACACUGGAAAGAAUUAGAACACGGCUCACAAAACCAGUCUGUUUUUAGACAUGCUUUUUCCUUCUGACUGUUCUAUCAAUAGGUCUAAAUGUUGAUUUUUAUUAUUAUUUGUGACAAUAAACUGUACUUUUGUAUGAAUAUAA